UCGACAUGCGAGACGGGCAGCAGCAGUGCCACAGCAAAGCUACUCGCAGUCGGACGCAAGCAUGAAACCCAUGGGGGGCAACAGCACAACGGUCAGCUUCCUGGUGAUCCUCGGCCUGGUUAGCCUGGUGAGCCUGGCCAGCUCACUGCCCAUGACACCCGAACAGGAGCUGAAGGAUGUGCAGGAGCCGUUGGGUCAGCAGCAGCAGCAACAACAGCAACAGCGCAUGGUGAAGAGCGAAGCGGAGUCAGAGUUCGUUGGAAGAAUUGCGCCACGCAAUGAGCACAAUCCGGAGGAGGAACAGGAAUACGAUGCCGUCACAUUGGUGGAGGAGUUGGAGGCCGCCGGAGUGAAGCUAGCCGAUCGACGGGAUCUGCGCAAGCUCACCUAUACGGAGCUGGCCCGCCUACUGGCCCUGUGGCAUCUGUCCCAGAAUCGCAAUGUGUACAAUGCCAAAGGACCGGAGGAGCAGCCCAAUCAGGCCAUCGAUGCGCGUUAAUUUAUUAGCUUAAUGAGUAAGCUCUCAGUUUAUUUAAAGCCAAAGUUCACUUAAUAUAUAUUGUGUGUGACAAGUGUAGAAGGCUAGUACGCUCUUCGGCUAACGAAGUGGGAUGACCCAUGCAGAUAUACUAUGGCAACUAUAUGAUAUUCUCUAACCAGACUUGCGUUAGAACAUUGUAACUUCAAAAACCACUUCUUCAAAUGAUAGUGUGUGCCCCAUUUAGAGUCGUAUAAGAUUGCAAAUAAACUAAACCGUAGUGUA